GAAACCGCCCCGUGUCCCAUUUCCUCCUCUUGUUUUCGCUCCGGAUUCUCCAUGUUGGACCCAAACUGAGGAGCCCGGAGCUGCCACCGGGGGAUCGGGGCUGGGGGCACCGGGGGAACCACCGCCUGGGCCGCCCGCCCUCUGUGCAGGCCGCCUCCCUUCCCGGCCCGGGGAGGAAACGCGAGGGGGGGAUGUGAACAGCUGCGGGAGUCGGAGUCUCGGGAGCCGGAGCCCGACGGGCCCCCGCCCAGGCCCCCCAGCCCAGCCCGCCUGCGCGCCCGCCCGCGCGUCCUCCCGCCCAGCCAGCCCGGGCCCGCGGGAUUGUUAGAUGGAACACGGCUCCAUCAUCACCCAGGCGCGGAGGGAAGACGCCCUGGUGCUCACCAAGCAAGGCCUUGUCUCCAAGUCCUCGCCUAAGAAGCCCCGUGGCCGCAGCAUCUUCAAGGCCCUCUUGUGCUGUUUUCACACCCAGCAUGUCGGCCAGUCGAGCUCUUCCACUGAGCUCACACACAAGGAGGAGGCCAACACUAUCGCUAAGUCGGAUCUGCUCCAGUGUCUGCAGUACCAGUUCUAUCAGAUCCCUGGGACCUGCCUGCUCCCAGAGGUGACAGAGCAAGAUCAAGGGAGGAUAUGCGUGGUCAUUGACCUGGAUGAGACCCUCGUGCACAGUUCCUUUAAGCCAAUCAACAAUGCUGACUUCAUAGUGCCUGUAGAGAUUGAGGGGACCACGCACCAGGUAUAUGUGCUCAAGAGGCCUUAUGUUGACGAGUUCCUGAGACGGAUGGGGGAGCUCUUUGAAUGUGUUCUCUUCACUGCCAGCUUGGCCAAGUAUGCUGACCCUGUGACAGAUCUCCUGGACCGGUGUGGGGUGUUCCGGGCCCGCCUGUUCCGGGAGUCUUGUGUGUUCCACCAGGGCUGCUAUGUCAAGGACCUCAGCCGCCUGGGAAGGGACCUGAGGAAGACGGUCAUCCUGGACAACUCCCCCGCAUCUUACAUCUUCCACCCAGAAAAUGCAGUGCCUGUGCAGUCCUGGUUUGAUGACAUGGCAGAUACAGAGUUGCUGAACCUGAUUCCAGUCUUCGAGGAGCUGAGUGGAGCGGAUGAUGUCUACACCAGCCUUGGGCAGCUGCGGGCCCCUUAGCCUUCCUGCUCCAAGAAAUGGCCAUCCCAACAGGGGACUUGGCUACAUUGUGCCUUUGUGAUCAACUGACAGACAGGGUCUGCAAGUAGCCAGGGUGUCCUGGACAAAAGCUGUAGGGCAGGUCACACGCAGAGCAGGGAAUCAGACCAAGACCCAAAGCUCGCUCUGCACCCUGUGCUGGUGUGUGUGCGUGCGUGUGCCCGUCAGAUAAACUAUGGUCCGGGGUGCCCAGUGUCCAGUAGGGGGAGAAGCUGAAAGAUCAAGACUCACCUAGGUCCUUUGUCUCCCUUCCUGCUGUCCUGUGAGCUACUGACUUUACAGCCAUGAAAAAAACUAUCAUAGGCUCCCUUGCCAAACCAAGGCCUUUCCUCAGCAUCACAAGGCCUGUGCCAAGGAGAAAGGAGAGGCCAGAGGCUGCUUUCAGACGCCCGGGCACACGCCUUUCAGAAAACAUAGCAACCUAGCCAGCAGCUGCAGACAUGUUGGGAAGGUGAGAGCAUGCUCGCAGACCCACCAGGUCCUGUGUCCCACAGGCUGUCCCUGGCUCCAGCAGAGUCCCUGCUAUGGGGACUUCCGUGCCACCAGGCUCAGUGCCAGGCCCGCUUCUCAUUCCCAAGCCAUACUCCUACUCCUGUGGGAAAGGAGGUCUUCUCUCUGCCCUGGAAGAGGACAGAUAACUGAUUUCUGUUCUUUUAACUCUUAAAAUUCUCUUUAUAAAUGUGGAAUGGUUUGUAUCCGGCCGAGCUACAGUCCUGGGCCUGAGGUUCAUGUGGGAGGUGCUGGGGUACAGGGAAAAUGCUAAUGUUCAAUGCAAGGUGUCUGUCUCCUCGCUCGUAGAUCCCAAAAGUGCUCUUCAGGGAUUCUGUGCUAGCUGAUGCAGGGACAUUAGCUCCAAAGGCUGGGAGAGAGGGCUGCACUCCCUUUGUGUCUUCCCAGUGUCCGCAGUGUCCCCAGUGUCCCCAGUGUCCUGGCUGACUCUUGCCUGCUCUGGCCUUUAUCCUUCUUGGUUAUUUCUCUUCCUCUCCAGGGUCUUGGGGGAACAGCUUUCCCAGGUUGUAGGUGUUGCUGUUACUUGAUUUGCCAAAUGCCUCCUGCUUCUGGUAAUAGGACUGAGUGAGGUCCUCACAGCCCUGUACUCUGGGCAUCUCCGAGCUCUCAAUCCUGAUGCUUUAAAAGUCAGUCACAGAGUGGAAGAUUCCCCAGGGUGUCAUUGGGAACACGGGGCCCCUGAGGAGCCUCCACCUCAGCAUCACUGCCUUAACUGAGUCCUGCCCAGGGUUGGGUGGACUCUCCUCCCUCCCUCUGAGGUGGGCAGGAGUUCUUACCCCAUCUCUGUUUCCCCUGGAGGCAGGUCAGCAUUUGUGGGUUGGUUCAGGUGUGGUCACCUCCCACUCAGGAGUCACAAUAUUUUCUAGUUUCCACACGCUAGGUCCUGCCUCAGGUUUGAUUAAGCCUGGAGGUGGAGCUUGGUGUCCUGAGUGGAAGCUGGCUGGCAGUCGGCCCGCAUUGUGCAGACUUCUUCCUUCUCUUUCACUUCUGUGACAAAGACUUGCCACCUCCCCAGCAUCAUUUGCUGGUGUCUGUAGGGUCCUCCCAAGGUGAGCUGAGGGCGCCCGGUGCUAGGCAGGACCACAGGAACGUGGUUGUGGCUUCAGACCCAGGGCUCACUGGCAUCCCAAUACAGCAGGAGGGGUUUUCCCACGAGUCUACUCUGAGGGGCGGUCUUGACUAAGCAAUAAGAGCCUCAGAGUUGAUUGAAGUUUAAGGUCCCUUUCUGGCUUCUUGGUUCUCCAUGCUUUACCUGUGACCAAAGCCCAGUGUGACUUAAUGGGAGCCCCGUUGCUUCUCCAUGAAACCCCAGCUCUCUAGGUCUGUCUGCCACAGAAUCCCUCCUGCCACCUGCAGUCUGCUACAGAGAUGCCAUACCAACUCCUUCCCAAACUAACCAGAAUCUAUCAGCUGCAUCUUGCUAUCCCCGUGCUAGUUCGUGUUGUAGGAGCAGGUGAUGCUAGGGAGAAGAGUAGGGCCAGACGGACAGGAGCCAGCGCCUCCUGGACUGCAGACUGGUCUUCAGGAGUCAGUAGACCACCCGACCAGGUGUCCACAUCCGCUCAAAGCCAUGCCAGGAAUCUGCCCCCUGCCAGGUUCAGCUCUUUAAGGUGCCUCUUCAGGGACACAGUGUGUGUCUGAUUGGGCUUCUCAUCACAAGCCUGAUGUUCCUGUCCCUCUUAUAGGGGGAGCUUUGGACACAGGACCAGGUUGAUAAAGGGCCAGGUAAGGGUUUCCACUCUGCACAUUGUAGAGGGGACGCCGUAGGCCCAAGGGUCCCUAAUGGAAGUUGAGUGAAUUGUCUUCAUUUAACUAGGGACCUGUCUCAUUCCCUCCUGCCUCCCAAAGAUUUUUGUGUAAUUGUAUAACCCCUCUGUUAACAGUGGCUCAGAAAAGCUUUGUACUAAGCAUGGGACCCUCAUAGCAACCAUUCCCGGGAAAUAGGUCCCUUGCAGGCCCGUGCCCUGCCCUGUUCAGAGGCCUCUUGGCAGUGCGGCCCAUUUGUGCUGUCCUGCAUCCAGUGUGUCAGCCUGGCUAAGUGUGAGAACGGUAAGCCGUUUCCCCUUUGGGAUACUUAACCACAGCUACUCUUCAGUUCCUUUUUUAAAAAUAGUUUAGUCCCCCCACACACACAGUUUCAUGAACUCCAAGCAGGGGCUUGGACUCCCAUUAAGCCAAGAAUGAUCUUGAACUGAUCUCCUGCCUCCACCUCCCGGUGCUGGGGUAACAGGUGUGAGUGAUCACCUUGCAGGUUUAUGAGGUGCUGGGACAACCCAGGGCUUCGUGCGUGUUAGGUGUGCACUCCAGCUAAGCCAUACCGGCACUCACUCUUUCUAGAAAACAUUAGUUAAAUACAUAUUCAGGGGAGAAGAGGUCACAGGUCAGCCCAGCUGCCCCAUCCUUUAGUGCAGGGUCAGCUCCCAGAACUGCCCUGCCUCGGAAGCUGGUGAUUCUCCUUGCCUGUAAUCACCCCGGAUCUGCCUGUCUCCAAGAUGCCAUUGGGAGGGGAGGGGUCUGCUUUCCACUGUGACCGGGCUGUGGGAUCCUUGACCACCUUGCUUCAUGAUUUGAUACAUUUGUUGUAUUCAAAAACUUGAACUGUAGGAUGCCAUUAAGAGUCUGUUUAUAUUUUUGGAAUAUUUGUAUUACAAUUGUUAAUAAAGGCUGGUUUAAAAACC